AUGGCGGAAACAUCGCCACCGCAAGAGCCCACCGACUCGGCCAAGGCGGCACCCCUCGCCGUGUCCCAUCUACGAGUCGAGUCGGCCUACCCGAUGGAGCGGUCCAUGAGCGAUAAUAUACGGGAAGAGAGGGAGGAUCUUCGAGAGGCUGCAGAACAGACUCUCAACGUGAUUGUGGACCUGAAUCUUGACGGGACCAUCAAGUGGGUCAGCCCGUCCUGGGCCGACGUGAUCGGAACUCAGCCAGACGCCGUUCAAGGUCAGCCGUUAUGCGACAUUAUUGUCAGCGAUAAUAGAACCGUCUUUUCCGAUGUGGUCGAAUCGAUGAAAAAGGAUGAUUCGAGGAGCCACAGAGUUCGGUUUGCCGUCGCUCUCGGCCCCCUGUCUAAGCUACUGUCCCUUGAUGACCUGAAGGAUGGCGUCGAGACAACUUCCCCUCAGGUCAUUGAUCUGGAGGCCCAGGGCAUCAUGGUCUAUGACGGCGCUUCGGGAGGCGAGAGCCACACCAUGUGGAUGAUUCGCCCCUGGACUGCCCCUCGGGAAAUUCAGAUCGAGAUGCCUGCCGUGAUUGUCGAUUCACUUGGUUCAGGAGCCCAGGUUCUUGCAAGUUAUCUCACUCAAUUGGCAGAAUCGGGAAUAGACGAUCCAGAACUCCAUCCACCGCCGCCGCCCGUUCUCUGCCGAAUCUGCGAGCGGCAGAUACCACCCUGGUGGUUCGAAAAGCACACCGAUCUCUGUCUCCAGGAACACAGAGCUGAGAUGGAUGUCCAAAUGGCCCAGGAGGGCCUGACCGAACAUCGGCAUUCCAUUGUUAAAGUCUUGGAUGCCCUCGAGGUCCGCCGGAGCCGCACUCUCACUGGUGAUCUCGCUUCACUCCUCCUUCCUGCCGCCGAGUAUAAGGGCCUCCCGAUCGGCCCAUCCCCGUCCAAUCAAUCAUCGCCAUCGACGUCAUCGGCCACUUCUCGUGAAAGGACUGGCUUUGGCCACGCUCGAGGACGAUCAUUUGCAGUUCGCAGACCGCAGGCUAGAAUAGUCGAGCUUCUAGUUGACCUAUGCGAUACCGCAUUGGAAAUCAGCCCUCCAGCCAUCAAGGAAUCCCCAUCGCAAAUACCAGGCGAGCUUCGGACGCAGUCUCCUCAGUCCGAGUCUCGUAUCUCCCAAGUUAUGCAGUGGCAAUCCCCAAGUACGAACACGCUCGAACAAGAGCAAGGGCUCGCUCUCCUUUGCGCAGACACGGAGCGCGUAGCAAAAGCCAAAGUUGAGGCUGUCGUCCGACAAAGAAGAAUCAUUGAGUACGCUGAGCGCAUUCGUGUUGAAUUUGCUCUUCUCGUCCAGGAUUGUAUUGACGAAGCCCUGAGAAAGGCUGCUCGUAUUGCUGCGGGCCGCUUGAGCGACUCGGCCGAAGAGGAAGAAGAGGACAUGCCUCCAGGUCAGGACGAUUCGUUUUUCGAUAACUCGUUCAACGACCCGGCGGCACUGGCUGAGGCCUUGCAAAAUGUUGAUCUUAACAAUGAUAACAUUUCGCGAACGAGACCAACAUCCUUCAUCGAAUCAGUCCAGUCUUACAGCCCUCAAGAAUGCCCCACCCCCACGUCGAAUAUGGGUGGCUUUAAUACAGUCCUUCCCAUGCGUGACUCGCGACGCGACUCUCUCCGAACCUCUCAAAGAGAGUCGCUCAUCUUGGGGAGCGAGGCGGGGGAAAGCGAUGGGAGCAUAAGAUCCUCGUCAGUUGCAUCGCGUCCCCCCCAACGGACCGACUCUCCCAUUAGCGAGUUCGGCGGUGACCUUCGCCGGGCUGCUAGCGCAAGACGACAUCACCGGAGAAGCCUUAUCCUCCCUGGAACGGCCUCGCCACGUCGCCAGGAGUCACCGUCACGGGGCAUUCAGCCGCCCUCCUCUCCCCUGCGCAUCCAUAAGCCGCGCUCAUUCCCGUUCCCAAAUGAAGGGUUUGCCUCGCCCGAAGCAUCGCCUAUGCUUCCCGGCACCGAGUUCAGUUCGCCUGCCCCGAUACCGCCGCCCUCCUUGCACCACCAUCGAAGGCAGUCGUCGGCCGCUCUCUCCGAGUUCAUCAUGAAAGCCCCGCCCUCUCCGCGCCUCGGCGCCCACAACGCCCCGCCUCAGGCUCGGCCCACACAGCCUUCCAUCAAAGAUUUCGAGAUCAUCAAACCAAUUUCCAAAGGUGCCUUCGGUAGUGUCUAUCUCUCUAAGAAGAAAUCCACUGGAGAAUAUUUUGCGAUCAAAGUGCUGAAGAAGGCCGACAUGGUUGCAAAGAAUCAGGUCGGUAACGUCAAGGCGGAACGUGCUAUUAUGAUGUGGCAAGGGCAGAGUGAUUUUGUGGCUAAGCUGUACUGGACAUUCUCGAGCAAGGAGUAUCUGUACCUUGUCAUGGAGUAUCUCAACGGAGGCGACUGUGCUUCUCUCAUCAAAGUACUCGGUGGUCUGCCUGAGGAUUGGGCAAAAAAAUACCUUGGUGAGGUUAUCCUCGGUGUGGAGCACCUCCAUAGCCGAGACAUCAUCCAUCGGGACUUGAAGCCAGAUAACCUCCUUAUUGAUCAGCGUGGCCAUCUUAAGCUUACCGAUUUUGGUCUCUCGCGGAUGGGAUUGGUGGGCCGACAGCAGCGAGCGCUUAAGAGUGACAACGAGUCGGUACCUGAUCUCCUCAAGCAAGGCCCGUUUGCCCGAUCUGCGUCCAUCACCUCGUCUCGGUCGACUUCUCUCGAUCUGCAUGGAAGCCACUCGCCUAGCCUGGCCCCUCUUGCUACUCCGGGUAGCGGUGACCCUCUUUCACAACCAUCCUAUUUCACUCUUGGGCCUGCACAGCCGGACUCGCGCAGACUAGCUGGUCAGCGUAGCGACAGUGGCGGUAGUGAGAAUUUAGUACAAAUGAUGGGCACCUUUUCUUUGAAUGACUCCGAGGCCGGCUCGCAACCCCACAGCGCAAAGUCUCACGCCGACGAACUGAGCGAGGCGGCAAGUCAAGGCUCCCCUGAUUUAUCCACCCUGCAGAAUUUCUCGCAACAAGGAGGGGAUAUCUACGGAAAAAACACCCCGCCUCAGUCCAGUAUGAUGCCGCCUCCCAUGGCCCUCUUCGACCCUGAAGACACGAAUAGGAGAUUCGUUGGCACGCCCGACUACCUGGCGCCGGAGACGGUCAAGGGCGAGAAGCAAAAUGAGACAAGUGAUUGGUGGUCCGUCGGAUGUAUUAUGUUCGAGUUCCUGUACGGUAUCCCACCGUUCCAUGAUACCGAGGCCGAGCUUGUGUUUGAGAACAUCCUUGCCCGCAAGAUCAGAUGGCCGGAUGAAACGGAAUGCGAGCCUGUUUCGGAAGAGGCUAAGGACUUGAUUAACAAGCUACUCUGCAUGGAUCCCAGCGAGAGACUCGGCGCGAACCGGGAGGGUAAAUUCGCGUCAGGCGGCGAAGAGAUUAGGAACCACCCUUGGUUUAGCGAUGUUAACUGGGCUACGCUGCUUGAAGACGAAGCCCAGUUCGUUCCCCAGACGGAGAACCCUGAGGAUACCGAAUACUUCGACUCCAGAGGUGCGACUCUCCAGUCUUUUGCAGAGGAGAUGGAAGAUCAGAGCUCACCCCCUUCUUCCGCGGCUGGCUCGGACUAUCCGGAACGCCCUCAUGAUGCCCUUUCGCGCGUCCGGACCCAGGUCAACUCGAUCAAGCGAGGGCUUAUGCCUUUGCACAUUCCUCCCCAUGUCCGUGAUCACAAGAGCAGACGACUUAGUGAGCCGGUUCCGGCUGAUGAUUUCGGCAACUUCUCAUUCAAAAAUCUGCCCGUGCUCGAGAAGGCCAACAAGGAUGUGAUACAAAAGUUGAGAGCGGAGGCACUUGCCUCUCAGAACAAGCAGGGAUCCGGCAGCCAAGCUGGUGCCAUCAGUGCUACGUCUCCAGGAGGUCCGUCACUCGAGGGUAGCCCGGUCAUGUCGAACCCCAUCCAGCGGACCCUUUCCAACGCAAAGGCUUCGGCACGACCCCAGUCCCCUUCUGGCAUUAGCCACGCAAACUCAUCUCCGAGCCGCAUGUCACAACCCUCAUCGCCUCUACUGGUGUCUUUCGUUGCAAAUCAGGGAUCUGAUGGUAGGAGAAAGGUGUCGAGCACGUCUUCCAGCCUCUCGCAGCAAUCAGGUCUCUCUCUCCCUCCAUUUGAGGCCGCGAGAGUACCGCCGACCCUCCAAAAAGCCGCGACUACUGUUGCGGCGGCUUCUUCCCCAAUCAAGCCUCGCGGCACUGCGCCUCCGCCUCUUGCAUUGUCUCCGCAGAAGGGUGGUGUCUCCACUCCUCGCCAGGGCAGUGGAUCAUCCGGCACGCGAUCCCGAUCUCUGACCGUAGGGUCUCAGUCUCAAGAAGGCAGCCCCAUUGCCUCGGAAACCCUUGUCCAGCGCCACAAUCGCCGCAGCCAGGUAUUUGACAUGUCACCGUCCUCUUCGGACAAUGAGGGCGAGAAGCACAACGCGCUCCUGCGCGUUCAGCGGCGCCGGCAGAGUUCCCGCCGUCUCUCCCAGAUCGCACUGGAAGGCACUCUAGUCUUUCGCCCGCUUGAUGUUUUGAUCUGUGAGGAUCAUCCUGUUUCCCGCAUGGUGAUGGAAAAGCUACUAGAGAAGCUUCGGUGCCGUACGAUCUCGGUACCGAACGGCUCCGAGGCUGUGCGAUAUUCAACAAGUGAGAUCAAGUUCGACAUUAUUUUCCUGGAGUAUAAGCUGCCCCACAUCAACGGUGCCGACGUUGCCCGCAUGAUCCGCGAGACGAAGAAUGCCAAUUCCCACACACCCAUAGUCGCCAUCACGGCCUACCUCAAGGAACUGCAAGCGCCCCACUAUUUCGACUCGCUUGUCGAAAAGCCGAUAAGCUCUUCAAAACUCACCGAAGUUCUGCGCAGCCUCUGCCAGUGGAAGCCACCGUCGCCGAGCCAGAGCAUAUCUCUUCCGAUUGCGCAUCCCCACCCAACCCCCACUGCGCUGCGACAGGCGAGCCUCCGCCUUGAAGAUAGUCCAACGAGCGGCUCCUCGAUAUUUGCCGGGCGUCUUAGUGGAAGUCUCGUAUCUUCGAGCCGCGAACAGUCAAUAAGCUCAAGCCUGUAUGGGGAUUCGGAGUCGAUAUCCACGGACGAUAUUCCCGCCGUCGUUAGUCGCAAGCCGACCGGCGAGUGGGAAGAAAGCGGCGGCGGCCUUGGCAUCCGAGAGGACAGAAUUUUGGUGCCAGAAGGGGCGAGGCCAAUUCCUCAUCUAGUGACGCAGCAAUCGGCUCCUGGCAAGCUUGAAGUGUCGCGUGGUGCAAUAGAGAAGUUCAAAUCGAGGCGACAGCCGGGUGAGAAGCGAUACUCGGAAGGCAGCACCGAGUCGGCCGACGAUGAGGAUGAGGAGCUCGGGCUCGUACGCGACAAACCGUUCCGCAAAUCCAACCUCCCGAGCUCUAAACUGGGUAUCGAGAUGAUGCGCGCGGAUAGUCACGAUAGCGUUGCGAUGUGCUCCGAGAGCACCAUCGAACCAGUCACGCAAGUUGUAACCCCGUCCAACGAGCUCGAUGUGCCUCCGCUCUCGCCGAGGGAGCCUAAGGAAGCCCAGACACCGCCUGACUUGGGAAUCGGUCGCGAGGGGAGUGGGCUCGGGAUUUCGGUCGAAGAGACGCCUCGACCAAAUCCAUCGGCUAAGCAGAAUGUUGAAGAUGAAGAGCCUACUCCCCGGCCCACUGUCAAGACUGGUUGA